AUGAAUAUGAGAUCAGGUCCCCUCUACUCUGGAGAGACAGUCACUCUGCAGUGUGACAUAUCAGACUACAGAGACUGGACGUACCGCUGGCACAGAGACAACCAACUGCUUCCCAGUCCGCCCAGUGAAACCAUCACCUUCUCUCUCUCUGACCAGGCUGGUCAGUACCAGUGUGAGGGGACAAGGACAAGACGGCCCCAGAAGACGUAUCUCAGCCCAUCUCUCACCAUCAUUGUUGCUGCCCUGCCCAAAGCUACACUGACCGUAACACCAAACCCUGUGUACACUGGAGAGACAGUAACUCUGACGUGUUCAUUCUGGCCUUACAUUUACUGGAGCUAUACGUGGUUCAAAGACAACACUGAAAAACUAGUGCCCCAGUCUGACAGACACACUACAACAGGAGCCACCUUCACCAUCAGUAGAGCUUUGGUGUCUGACCAGGGUCUCUACUGGUGUCAGGGAGAGAUCCAGUCCAGAUCCAUAUCAUCAAUCAUCAGGGAUCCUGUCACUAUCACUGUGAUUGAGAGACCUGUGGCUGUUCUGAUCCUCCAACCCAACUGGCCUCAGAUAUUCAGUGGAGAGACUGUCACUCUCAGAUGUAACAUACAGGGAGGAGAAGAGAUUGAGUAUGCUUUUUAUAGCAGUGGGAAGUCGUUCUACUCGAAAACAGAGCCUGAGUACAGAAUCAGUCCUGCAAAGAAUGGUCUAUAUACCUGUGAAGGUCUUCAGAAAAUCAAUGGCUUAAAACACUCCAAGACAAGGAAUGCUAUACAAUUGACCGUGUUAGAUAAACCCCAAGCUGUCCUGAGUGUCUCUCCUCAGUGGCUGAACCCUGGAGACUCAGUUACUCUGAGCUGUGGGGUUAAAGAGUCAUCUACAGGCUGGAGGUUCUUCUGGUACCGAACGGUUCCCUACAGAGCUGGGUUACCCUCCCUAUUGGACAGGUCCUACUCUGUAGAGCCUCUAUCUGGCAAUGGGACUACUGAAGACUCCUACACUCUGAUCCCUGCUGGUCCUAAUCACACAGGAGGAUAUGUGUGUACAGCUGGGAGAGGAGACCCAGUCUAUGACACACUCUACAGUGAACCUCAGUUUCUCUGGUCAGGAGACCUGCAUCCUUCAGUGUCUCUCAGAAUAAGACCCAACAGAACUCAACACUUUACAUCAAAGUCUCUCUCACUAAGCUGUGAGGAGAAGGGAAACUCUACUGGAUGGAUACUGAAGAGAUACAGAGAGAGAGGAGUGGAGUCAGGGUGUGGCUCUAACUGGGGAUCAAUAGCAGGGUCCACAUGUACCAUCAGGUUCACACUUGAAAAGGACAGUGGAGUGUACUGGUGUGAGUCUGGAUCAGGAGAGUACAGUAAUGCUGUCAACAUCACAGUGGCUGCUGGUGCUGUGAUCCUGGAGAGCCCUGCCUAUCCCAUGACUGAGGGAGACUCUGUGACUCUGCUCUGUACAAAUAGAUAUCAGGAAACAAACCCAAACCCCAAGGUUGAUUUCUACAAAGAUGGAGUACUCAUCAGGAAUGAGACCACAGGAGAGAUGACCAUCCCUGCAGUAUCCAAGUCAGAUGAAGGCUUCUAUAAGUGUAAAUCUAAUGAAGGAGAAUCACCAGAGAGCUGGGUGACUGUGAGAGGUGAGAAGAGCAGUGUGUGUGUGUGUGUGUGUGUGUGUGUGUCUUGA